AAAAACUUGUUACACAGUGUUAUUUUGUCUUGAACCAGUUUUGUCUAGGAAGGGUAUUUUUUUGGUUGCAGGUGUUUAAUAUGCACUGUAUGCCUUUCCCUCAGUACUUUUCUGGUUUGCAUUUUAUUGGAAGGUGUGUUGGUCAGUUGCAGUAGCAUGUAGUUAUCACAAUAACAAUAAUUCCAAAUGACUGCCCUGGGUCUGAAUGAAAGCUUACCCAGUCGAGUUUUUGCUCUAGGAACACAAAGUGCCUGCUGGAGGGCUCAGUACAGUCUGAAACUUCUAAAAAGGCCCUGGUAUAAAGAGACCUGGAGUUCUUUCCAUUGAAGCUGUUGGGACACCAGGAUUUAUUUUCCAGUCCAUGAUGUAAUGGCAGGUAAAGUAUGCAAACAACAAUAAGUGAUCAAGGCUGAUAAUUAAAGAACAUACCAACAUGUGUGCCAAAAUUCAUCUUCCAAAGACCCAAAUCUCUGAAGAAAAUUCAGAUGCAUAAAUGUAGGUGUGUACCAAGGAAGGCUGACAGAAGUUACUGUCUUCCACAUGAUAGUGUAGCCUGUUAAACAAUUGUGGUGUUACUGUGUUUUGAAUUUUAUUUUAUUUCUUUUAUUAAGGCUGUAAAAGUUGAAACUGUUUUAUGAGGACUUUGCAUUGGUUUUCACAUUUUUCCCCAAAAAGCUGGAACUUUUCCAGUAUCUUGAAGAGAUGUCAUUGAUUUAUUUUUGUUAAACUAGAGAGACCUUGAGGCCUGCGUUGGCACAGGCAGGCUUUCAUGGACAGCUUGGAAAGUAUUUCAGCCGUUGAACAACCAAUAGGCUUGUUUUAUUGUUGAAAAGCCAUCGUGGCCCCUGGGGCUUUUUUGAUAAUUGCGCUCAAGUUACCAUGGGAAUGGUGGUUUAAACAGACUGAACAAUGGUGUUGCUCAGAGAGCAGGCUGCACAGUUGUGUUGAGUGCAUUUAGUAAAGAUUGGGGACUCCAGCUCUGAUGUUAUUGCUUGAAGAGGUUUGGAAUUUUCCAGAAUGGAGGCAGAAGGCUGGAUACCAGAUAAUCCGAUUGACACUCUGUUGGGACAGCAAGCUCAAGCCCAGUCUGUGAUGAAGGACCUCCAAAUUCAACUCCUGGCCUUCGAUUCCCUGAGGAAGAAAACUCGGAGGAAUGCCUGCCCUGGAUGCCAAAGUCAGUCUCCCAUCUGCUACCCAAAGACCACUACAUCAGCUGAUAAAGCCAGACACUUUGAGAAUCUCAGUAAUCUUCUCGUCAAGAUGAACCAGAGCCUCAGUGACUCUGAUCACCUGGAAUCGUCUUUCCGUGCUUGUAAAAUUAACAGCGACGCUGUCCUCACAUGGCACAAUGUCCUUCACAAAAAUGUGGAUGGAUUACUCAAAGUGAACUUUAUGGAAUCUUCUGGUAUGCCAUCUGGAGUGUCUUCACCUGCAGCCUCAAUGCUAAGAUCAGUGUACUCCUCAUCCCCAACUAAGAGCUGUCUAGAUAUGUCUACAGAGAAGGCAGACUGUAAUGAUGAGCUUUGGAAGAUGUUGGACAGCAUCAGUGAUGCUGGAGAAAGGCUGAAAAAUGAACUUGAAAAAUCCCACAGAAGAGAGCUAGAUCUAGCAGAGGAGCUCCAGAUGUUAUGGAACAAUGCUCAGGCUUAUCCUGGUGGGAUUGCAAGUCACGUUAAAGACCCUUUUGAGUCCCGUAGUCCAUCACCCGGGAGGCUUGUGAUGAAAGGUUUAUUGAAGAAUGAAGAGGCUCAGGCGAGUCGGGUUCGGGAACUCGAAACUCAGGUUCAGAGACUGCAGAACGCCAUGCUGUCUCUGGAGAAGGACAAUUUAGACCUCCACAGACAACUCAUGUCUGAAGGAGCUCCUGAAAGAAAUUACGUUGUGGCACAAGCCCUGCUCGCUACCCUUCAGAGGGAGAACGAGCGGCUGAAGGAAAUAGAAAAGGUCAAACUGGAAAAAGAAAGGGAGCACGAGGCCUCGUGUUUCAUAAGGUUACAAAGCAAAGUGGAAGCCUCUACCAACACUGCCACUUGUAUGUCUAACCUGGCCAAGGAGAUCCAAGACCUGAAAGAAGAGCUGGAGGUGAAGGAGAAGCAGAUCAGUGAGCUAGACAGAAGCAUGCAGGAGAAAAUACAGUUCCUUAAGGAAAGACACAGGGAAGAAGUUCAGUCUUUGAAAGAACAGCUGCAAUCAAAUGAUUCAGAUAGGCAGCAGAUCAUCAAGUUAUUAAAUGGGAAAGAUGUCGAGAUUAAAGAAGAAAGGAACAAGCUUAUAUCUAGAGAACUAGAAGUCCAGUCGCUAAUGGAAAUGCUAACACAAGAGAAAAGUAAAAAUCAGGAGAUGGUAGCAAACUUGGAAAAAGCCUGCAACUCUGCAAAGGUUACACUUUCACAAAGUGAAAACGAAAACAGGGUUCUUGUAAAAGAACUGAAACACCUCCUGCACAGAUAUGUCCGUGUCAAAAAGCAAGCACGUUCUGCUGAGGAGCAAAUACGUCAAACCCUGAUAGAAAAGCAAGAUAUCAUUAAGCUUGUUGAUUCUUUAAAUGAGGAAAAACAAAGAAUGUGUAAUGAGCACAGCCUUCUAAAAGAAGAGAAAGAAGUGACUUUGCAUAAUUUAGGAACCUUAAAAGAUGAAAUAAGGCACUUGAAACAGGAUAGGUAUAGAAAUGUUGAGGAGAAGCAGAGGUUGGAAGAGAAGGUUGCAGGCAUGAAAGAUGUAAUCUUGGCAUUGAAGCAAAAGCUUCAGGAUGCAAACUCUGAAACUCAGAAAGCCAUGGAAUCACUCUCCAUCAAGGAUUCAGAGACGGAAGCAUGCAUGGACAGAAUGCAAGAGUUAAAAGAGGAAAACGCUGUUCUAAAAAUGAAAACAGAGGAAUACAUUGCUGGAAAAGAAGCCAUGUCUUUUCAAAUGGAAAUGCUGAAGAAAGACAAGGUUACAAUCCAAGAGGGACUGCAAGAUCACAUUAAGCAAUUGCUAUUCGAGCAGCAGGCCAUGGAAAGGACAAGUGAAGAUUUGCGUAAGGAGUGCAGCGCUUUGUCUAGAAUGGUUGCAGACUUGAAAGAGGACAAGAGACAGCUGCAGGGAGAACUCAAGGAGCUGCUUCAGGAGAAGCGUUACUUGGAAGACAAAAACCGGAAACUCUGUGCUGAGGAGGAAAACUUCAGAGGCAGUGUUACAAUACUGGAGAGGGAGCGGGACUUUCUGCAGAUGGAACUUAGUGAGAGGCGUAAAGAUUACCUGAAUCUGAGUGACCGCAUUGCUCUCAGGCUUAAUGGAAUAUGUGAAGAUAGCUAUACACAGGAGGACCACAUGUCCAUUCAGAAACUGAAGUUAAGUGGCAAUCAGAGUUCAACCAGCAUAAAUCAGCAAGCAAAGACCAGAGCGGAUGGAAAAAUUAAUUAAUUUGUAUUGGAAAGGAUUAUGAAACCAUGAAUAUUGAUUGGAAACAUCACUAAAAUACUGAUUGCUAUUCAUUUUUGUAAGAAGAAUCAUAUUAUACAUUGCAUUUAGACAAACCUUUUUUUAGACGAACCUUGUAAAAACAGACAUAAGAAAUCAAUUGUCUACAGACAUUCUGAAUGGAAUUCUGACUAUCAAGACUGCUGUUAAAAACAACACCAGCUUCAGACCAAUAAAGCAAAUGAUCCAGCCUGCAACUGUAUCCAUGUAUGAUCAUAAGAAGUAAAUAAGACCUAAAGAAAUGUAUUAUAAAUGUAGCCUGUUUUAUAAUGUCAGUAAAUAAAAUUGUCAGUAAAAAAAUAAAUAAUAAAAAAAAGGCUGUAUGGAAGUAAAAACAUAAUUGUAAGGUUGGCAACCCUGGCACACGUGUAUAUUAGACAGUUUCUCUAGGAAACGCAGCUCAUUUUUGCCCAGAAUUAUGAAUGGAAUGUGUUCCACAGAUAUGUGAAUGUUGAUAUUACAUACAGACUGCUUCCUCAGCUAAAAAUUAUUCUUUACAAACCUGUAAUUACUAUAAAAUGUUAACAUAUGAUGAAUAAAACACAA